CUACAACCACUGCGGCAACAAUGACAGCUGCUCCAAGUACAACAACAGCAGCAACGACAACUGUUGCUCCAACCACAACUACUGCUGCAACAACGACAGCUGCUCCAACUACAACAACAGUAGCAACAACAACACCUGCUCUGACUACAACCACUGCUGCAACAACGACAGCUGCUCCAACUACAACCACUGCUGCAACUACAACAGCUGCUCGGACCACAACCACUGCUGCAACUACAACAGCUGCUCCAACUACAACCACUGCUGCAACAACUACAGCUGCUCCAACUACAACCACUGCUGCAACGACAACAGCUGCUCCAACCACAACCACUGCUGCAACAACAACGGUAGCAACCACAACAGCUAGUCCAACGACAACCACUGCUGCAACAACGACAGCUGCUCCAACUACAACAACGGCAGCAACGACAACAGCAGCUCCAACCACAACCACUGCUGCAACAACAACGGCAGCAACCACAAAAGCUAGUCCAACGACAACCACUGCUGCAACAACGACAGCUGCUCCAACUACAACAACGGCAGCAACGACAACAGCAGCUCCAACCACAACCACUGCAGCAAUAACUACAGCUGCUCCAACUACAACCACUUCUGCAACAACAACUGCUCUGACUACAACAACGGCAGCAACGACAACUGCUGCUCCAACCACAACCACUGCUGCAACAACGACAGCUGCUCCAACUACAACAACAGUAGCAACUACAACACCUGCUCUGACUACAACCACUGCUGCAACAACGACAGCUGCUCCAACUACAACCACUGCUGCAACUACAACACCUGCUCCAACUACAACCACUGCUGCAACUACAACAGCUAGUCCAACGACAACCACUGCUGCAACAACUACAGCUGCUCCAGCUACAACCACUUCUGCAACAACAACAGCUGCUCUGACUACAACAACGGCAGCAACGACAACUGCUGCUCCAACCACAACCACUGAUGCAACAACGACAGUCUCAACCUGCUCCUACAACCACUGGGCAACAACGACAGCUUCUACAACCACUCUGCAACUACAACACCUGCUCUGA